AUGUCUUGCCACAUCCAUCCGGAUCGACAAGCUGGACCUUCGAGUUGGAGUUCGAAGGGAGGAGGAGGAUCCAGUAAUGAAGCGAGUACUUCUUCUACACGAGGUGGGAAAGGUGGGAGAGGACGUCGGCUCGGCGGUAAUCGAGUUCGAGUAGGAGCACGAGCAGCGAUGGAGGGAACGUUGUCGUCGAUCCCUACUGGUGAGGUUUCAGCAAGGAUAUACUGAAGCUGUGGAGAGCGCCGCUUUGCUGAUUGGGUGAUUGGGUGUGCGUUGGGUCGGUCUGUCGAGGGAGGGAAUAGGUUCGGUAUCCAAAUUGAAAGCCCAGUUGAGGCAGACGAAGCGAUUGUUGGCUCGUGUGAGCACUCUACACUUCACCCGAAACCAACAAGAAACUCAAACUAACAACACCGUUCCAUCUUUACAGCAAGACUUGACCCCGGACGUAAGAACGACGACCGAACGUCGUCUCGCCACACUCGAAUCGGAAUUGAUCAUGGCGCAAGAUUCGACCUUGGAGAAGAAGAUGGUCGUCAGGUAUAAAGGCGUCAGAUUCUUUGGUACGUUUCCUCAAUCUUCAACUGUUUCCGACUCGACCUCCCUUCGAGGCAUGAAACUGACCCGAUCCAGAAACAGAACGCCAGAAAUGCCUACGCAAAAUUCGUCAAGCGCUCAAAGUUGACCCUCCGACGCCUCUCUCCAUUCGAACGCUCUUCGAAGCCCGCGCGGACCUCUAUUACGUACUCCACUUCCCCAUCAAGGAGAAAUAUAUCGCCCUCUUUCCCGAGGGACAAUAUGUGCCGUUCGUGGAAGAGGGAGAGGAGUUGAAGGGGAGUGAGAGGAAGAGGUGGCAAGUCAGGAAGGGGUUUAGAGCUUUGUUGGAGAGCGGGGAAGUGGACGAGGAGGUGGAGAAGGGGGUGUUGGGCAUACAAGGGGAGCACGAUCAUGAGGAAGAGGGAAACGUGAACAAUAAUGGCAAGAGGGCGAGGGAAGGAGAGGAGGAGGAGGAGGCGGAGGAGGAAGAAAAGGAGGAGGGGAAGAAGAAGAGCCGGAAGAUGGUGGCGGAGGCACCAAACGAGUUCAAGAAGAAGAAGCCAUCCCCAACGAAAUCGAACAAGAAAGAACCACCUGCACUGGCUUCUGCUCCAAAACCCGUAUCCACAUCGACCAAGCCCACGACCACCCCAACCGAAGCGGAUGCGACUCAACCCCUGUCCAAGAAGGAUCGCAAAGCCGAAAAGGACGCGAAACGAAAAGCCGCCAAGGAGGGGACUCUGACUGACAAGGCCUCGACAAAGGAGGAGCUUGAGCCGAAAGGGUGGGCAGGGGAUGAUGACUUCUUUGCUUGA